GCAAGGAACAAAAGCUGCCUCCAGGAGGCCCUCGGGCAGACAGACAAGCCGGCACCCGAGAGUGAGGACCCACGGGGAUCCAGAAAGGAAGGAAAAAGACCCUGACUUUUGGAGUCUGAAGACCAGGGUUCAAGACCAUCUGUGCUACUUGCUGUUGUGAGACCUUGGGCGGGUACCUCUCACCUCUCAGCCUUAACACACUUUCCUGUGAAAUGGGGACUGUGGCCAUCCCCUCUCUUAGUCACUGAGAGUCCUCACAAUGGCCCAGUGGUUGUUGUGAACAGUUCUGGCCUUGACAACACCUAUAAGGACACCCAUUUGUGGGUUCUACCAGGCCUUGUGACUCCCAGGGCCUGAGAGAUUAGCAUACUAGUGCAUACACGUCCACGUGAGCCACUGAGGACACAGCCAGCAUGAACUGGGGGUUUCUACAGGGAGUCCUGAGCGGCGUGAACAAGUACUCCACUGCCCUGGGCCGCAUCUGGCUGUCGGUGGUCUUCAUCUUUCGCGUGCUGGUGUAUGUGGUGGCUGCCGAGGAGGUGUGGGACGAUGAACAAAAGGACUUCAUCUGUAACACCAAGCAGCCAGGCUGCCCCAACGUCUGCUAUGAUGAGUUCUUCCCCGUGUCCCAUGUGCGUCUCUGGGCCCUGCAGCUCAUCCUGGUCACAUGCCCCUCCCUGCUUGUGGUCAUGCAUGUGGCCUAUCGAGAAGACCGGGAACGCAAACACCGCCGCAAACAUGGGCCCAACGCCCCAGCCCUGUACAGCAACCUGAGCAAGAAGAGGGGUGGCCUGUGGUGGACAUACCUGCUGAGUCUCAUCUUCAAGGCUGCCGUGGACUCGGGUUUUCUCUAUAUCUUCCACCGCAUCUACAAGGACUAUGACAUGCCACGAGUGGUAGCUUGCUCUGUGGAUCCCUGCCCCCACACUGUGAACUGCUACAUCUCCCGACCCACAGAGAAGAAGGUCUUCACCUACUUCAUGGUAGUCACAGCAGCCAUCUGUAUCCUACUCAACCUCAGUGAGGUCACCUACCUGGUGGGCAAGAGAUGCAUGAAGGUCUUCCGUUGCCGGUGCCCGAAAACUCGGCAGCCACAUCUACCAGAUACAUACAAGCCAUAUUUAAUCCCCCAAGGAGGCCACCCCCAAGACAAAAACGCUGUCCUAACAAAAGUCGGGAUAGCCACAGAGGAUACAGGUGUGUAUCCAUGACCUGCAGGUAGGCUUAACUGGUCACCGAAGACACCCAAGCAAAUGGGCAAAGGGAGUGUUGUCUUCUGCAGGAGGUCAGGUGGGAAAUGUGGCUUCGGGGGCUCCGGAAGUUCAUCCAAGGGUUAGUAGAAGAUGGGAAAAAUCCUUGAGUCCCUAAAUCCUGAGCCUCCAGGGACUUGAUGACUGGUGGGGAUUUUAUAUUUGUCAAUAGAGUACCUCAACCCCCUUAAUAAAUAUGAUAUUCCCAGA